AUGACAUCACUUCAGCCCUCAAUGUCCUCAUACACCAAAGCUAGCCAAAAGAUGUGGUUUACUUAUUCAUCAGGCAGCAAUGAAUUUCAACGUGGACUUUUGGGUCUCAAAGAUUCGUAUAUAGUUGGCAAUCUGUGUCUCCAAUUUCCUGAAUCCAAACCUCUGAAAGCUAAGAGAAUUGAAGUACUUAUUACAGGUGCCGAAUGUGUUUCUUGGACCCAAACUAUUGGCAAUCAAGUUCAUACAUAUAACUACAAGAAAAAAAUUCUAAAUCAAUCAUUAUUGCUGUGGGAGAGCAAAGGUUUGAAGGAAGAAAUAUACAAAGAUAUUACGAAAAUAAACUAUCCAUUUCAACUUUCAUUACCUAAUGAUUUACCACCAUCGAUGGAUUUAGGAGUUGGACUUAUCUACUAUACAGUGAAAGCCAGAAUUAUAAGGAAAUCUAAUAUUUUGAAAUUUCAAAGCUCUCAGAAGAAGAUUAAAUGCAAAUGUUUAAUUACACGAUAUAACCCAAUGCCAAGACCAGAAACUGUUCGAUGGAUAGAAUGGGAUAAUCCAAAAGCUUUAAAAUGUGGAUUGAGUUAUGAUAUCUCGAUGGAUUAUAAUACAUUUGGGCCUAAUAAUCCUAUUAUUGUAAAAUUAAUAGUUAAAUUUUUAAAACCGAAUUUAAAUGUGAAAGAAAUAUUUAUUGGAUUGAAAGAAUAUCAUAAAUUCAGAGCAGCAGGAAAUACAAAAAAGUCAAAACGUUAUAUUCAGGAAAGAAAGAUAUUUGGAGACCAGCUUCAAGUAAUGUUAAAUAAUGUAUGGUCGCAUAAUUGUAGAAUUGACAUGCAAGAUAAUGAAGCUAAUUGGACUACCAAAAGACACAAUAUUAAUGUGCAUCAUAAAGUUAAAGUCAAAAUUAGGUUUGGACCUUUUGGACCAAAAAAUAUCAAUUUAGAAAGUGAUGUUAAUAUUAUGAAUAUUUUGCGAAUUGAUCAAGAUUAUUAA